AAUGAUGUCAUGCUGUUUAGUGUAGGCUAGUAGAUCGCGGAGGCUGUAGUGGGAGACUGGGACAAGAGAAGUGGAGCCGUGACUCCAAGAGGGCUGAACCGAAUGCCGCCCUCCACUUCAGUGCUCUUGGAAGAAUUAGGCUAUGUUUUCACGUUGAGAUGGAUAAGUAAAGUUUCACCUGCAAAAGUGAUUUGUUUGUUCAUCGCUAUGGAAAGUCGACAUAAAGUGGAGCCUGGUACGUAAAUGAACUGUAACAGUCCCUUGUGUGAUGUGGGACGAGUAACCCAAUGGAUUGGCGAAACUGGGAUUAACUCCUGGUCGUUCGGUUCCUCACAGACAUGCCUCCGCAGGCUGUUGGAGAAUACAAACCCGUAACAGUGUCGGUUGUUCCGCCAGUGCCACCGCGAAGGUUUCGGAGUAAAGAUACUUCUUCGGGGGCAAAGUGUCGGUCCGGUGCCGCAGUUGAGCGCAAGGUGAAAUGUGUGCUUGUUGGUGACGGGGCGGUUGGAAAGACCAGCCUCAUUGUAAGCUACACAACAAAUGGAUAUCCUACUGAAUAUGUACCAACUGCCUUUGACAACUUUUCAGCGGUGGUGGCGGUUGAUGGCAGACCGGUGAAGCUGCAGCUGUGUGACACAGCGGGCCAGGAUGAGUUUGAUAAGCUCCGCUCCUUCUGCUACACAAAUGCCGACGUCUUCCUGUUGUGCUUCAGCGUGGUGGCGCCCUCCUCCUUCCAGAAUGUCACGGAGAAAUGGGUCCCCGAGAUCCGGAGGCACUGCCCGCGCUCGCCCGUCAUCCUGGUGGGCACCCAGUCGGACCUCCGCGAGGACGUCAAGGUGCUGAUCGAGCUGGCCAAGUACAAGGAGCGGCCGGUGGAGCCGGCCGAGGCCCGGCAGUGUGCCGAGGACGCGCGCGCCAUCUCGUACAUGGAGUGCUCGGCGCUGACUCAGAAGAACCUGAAGGAGGUGUUCGACGCCGCCAUCUUGGCCAGCAUCCAACACAGCGACAGUCAGCAGCAGCAGCACAAGCUGAAGAAGCGCACGCCGGACAAGAUGAAGAAGCUGUCCAAGUCCUGGUGGAAAAAGUACUGCUGCCUGGCCUAGCGCUCAGGGCUGUCGGGUCAAACUGUGGAGGGUUUUUUUUCUCUCCCCUGGUUUAUGUAUGGGGUCAAAAGGGGGGCCUCUCCUCAAUGUGAGGUGUUUAGUGGGGAUCUGGGGGUAAAAAAGAUCAGAAGGACUUUAAACUGCAAGUGGAACAAAGGGUGGAAAAAUUCUACCCUAAGUCAUGACACUAACAGAUCAACGGUCAUUUACCGCAUGGCUAUCACUUCAAAGGACCAUGAAAAAGCUGACCAUUAUGAUGUUCUAGAGGCUCCAAGGGUCUCCUUUUAACCCCUCAGAAGAUGAUUCUCCACCCCAGCAGCCCCCUUCCCCUCCCCUCCCUCCAUUUUUCCACUCUGGCCGGCACUGUAACACAGUGGGACCUGGAGGAGAGUGCCGGAGCUGUCUCCAGUAAUAUGUUAAGACUGCUCACAGACUUGCCCCCUGGUCCUUUGAUCCUCUGUCUGGUCCAGACAGCCAGCAAACUGUGAAAAGCAAAACCCUGCCAAAGAGCGAGGGAUGAAGAAAGAUGAGUCCAAGAAUCUUGACAUCGUCGUCUUUUUUAACCUGUUCUGUUUUUCCCCAGUCCCACCCCACCCCAUCCUCCCCACACGCACAUAUGAAGUCCCAGCAUAUGAGGGGCACAAAAGAGGUUACCCCCCCAUACUCUAACAGUGCCUAAGAAUUGUUUUAAAAACAUAGUGCCAUUAUCAGUCAAAGCAAGCAAGAGAUUAGUCAUUGUUUUUGUUAGUUACUCUGUCAACUGAUCAGUUUUACUGAUUACUGUUGCUGUUUCGUCAUACUCAUGAGGUGUGUGCACCACAGUUGGCCCUCCCACUGGCGUUGCUUUCAGGGUGGCCGCCUCCACAACAGCCUUGUGGACUGUGGUUGUUUACGUUUGGAGACACCGCAACUCAGAUGUGGCGUCCCGAAACAGCUCGCAGGGGUCAGGGCUGCGCCUCUGGGGCGGGAAUUUAGCAGAUCGCCUGAACUUUGCUUCUCUGGUCAGUGAACCGGCUGGGAGGUCAUAAACAAAUGUCAACCCGCUGUCCCCCUCCCUCCCAACCACCACACACACACACACACACACUCACACAUGAUCGCCACCACGCACCAAUCGCUGUGCUGGCUGGCGCUAUAGUGGGAAAGGCAGGUUUUGAGUUAUGAGUGGUGAGGUAUGUUGUGUGUAUCUGAGAUGAGACAAGCGACAGAGACAAGGGGUUUCUUGCCCAAUCGAGGAAGUUCAGAAGAGGAACACCUCCUUUCCCCCGUUUAAAGUCUUUUUAUAGUUGAGCACUUUUCAAAAGCAUAUGAUGACUUUGUCUCCUGUUUUUAUGAACUCUUUAUCCAUUUUUCUAAGUCAGAGCAACAGGAGUCACAAAGAGAUCAGACAAAUGUGUAGUGUUAGCGCUUUUAGUGACAAACAACUACUAGGCACAGUCAUGAUUCUUCUGUCAUUUUUGAAGUUCUUUGCAGUUUUAUUAUCAGUAUGAUGAUAACUUCCUCCUUGUGCGUUAUUGGUCCAGUAAAUGAAUGUACACUGUGGAUUCAUUACCAUAUUGAUACCUAUACCAUGUUUCUUACGGUAUGUCCCAUUCUUCAACCAUUCACAUUAUAUUUUGCAGAACACUGAAGCAGUUAUGGUCUGUACAUAUUUUCAUUUGAAAUGCUGGUGUCACAAUCUAUGUAUAUUGUUUCAUUAUUUACCCUUAGUGGUCUACAAAGGUGUGAACUAUGUUAUCAGUUUUGAAUUUCACCUUCAUUGUCAAAUGAGUAGUCCUCCAGGCAUUGUACUGUGGCUAUUGACUCCAUUUUGUUCUCAUGUCAAGGUCUGCCUGAAGGCAUCGUUAGGGGAUAACAGUAUGUUGCGUUUUGGUGAACUGAAAACAUCUGUAGGGGAUAACAGUAUGUUGCGUUUUGGUGAAUUGAAAACGUCUUUAGGGGAUAACAGUAUGUGAUGUGGGAAAGAAUGGAAGUGUAGACAAUGAAAGUUCACACUUUAUAUGCAGGAUAUUAUGAUGUUUGACCACAAACCGUCUGAAUAUCAGAUCCAAGGCAAGGACUGGUCAAUGCUAUGGACCAACACAUGUACCUCCUGCAGUUAACAAACUGUACCUUUACUAGCUCAAACUCAUUUCUACCCUAACCCCAGUAAGUCUCUCCCAGAAGUGCCAUUGCUGUGAUUCAACUCUUGCACUUUGCUAUCUCAUCAGGGUGUUAAAGCGGCAGCCCUUUCCUAAUCGAAAGAGUAACCCAGAAGGAAUUCAGUCAACAUUGACCUCAUCCGUUAUCAUACUCACUCAGCCUUUCCUCUUGUGACUCUCAGUGGUGAUUGUGUCUGGAACUGGGGAGCCGUAUCACGGCAUGUACGGAUGGAAUGAAGUUGUUUGAGGAAUCAUGGGUAAUCAGCGAAUCGGUGUGUUGAGCUUUAAGGUGUUCAGGGGAGAGGGCAGAUGUGAAUGUAGGCUGUUGGCUAUCUGAAAGAGAGAUGAGGGUUCUGAGAGAUGGGGGUUCUGCAUAGAAUGACCUGAAGAAUGAACUCUGUAAGUGCAAAGGUGAUUAGUGUUAACCUGGAGGUGAUUUAUAAGAGGCGGGUUCUAUGGACCUGAUGGAUUGCUAUUACUGCCACCAGUAUUAGGGAUCUCAGUGACAAGUGGUGUUUCUUAUCUAUGUAUCCUAUAGAUAUCUAUAGAUUUCCCUGUGUUAUACGUGGUAAUAUGUGCAAAUGAAACGUUUGUAAAUGACCAUCAGGGGAAAGUUUGUGGAUGUAACAACUUGUACACAGUGUCCUAUCAGAAUCGACAACUGCCUGUAGUGUAUUAAUUAUCUGCAAAUAAAGAGCUCUGAUAUA